AUGCAGAUUUUUGUCAAAACACUCUCGGGCUCCUCUAUCACGCUGGACGUCGAAGAGUCAGAUACCGUGGAUCAUGUAAAGGCUCAAAUCCAGCGUAAGCAGGGCAUCCCCCCCGAUGAGCAGCGCCUUCUCUUUGCCGGCAAGCAGCUCGAAGACGGCCGCACGCUGAGCGACUACCAGAUCCAAAAAGAAUCGACGCUGCAUCUCGAACUGCGUCUGCGUGGUGGCGCCAAGAAGCGCUGCCAAAACGGUGCGGGCACCGAUCAACAAUGCCGCGACGCCGCGAUCCAGCUCGUCGGCGAGUGCCCCCACUGCCACCUCAAGUUUUGCGGUCGUCAUCGCCUGCCUGAAACCCACAACUGCGCGCAGCAGGAACAGCUUCGCAGCGCAGCAUUCGCGGCGAACAAGGAAAAGCUCGAGAGCGAGCGCACGGUCGGCACACGCGGCCUCGUACACUAA